AUGAAUAGUCUCGCACCAUCGCUUCUCCGUGGAAUCGUUUAUGCUUCGAAUGCUUUUUUAUUAUGGAAAGACUUGAAAGAGAGGUUUGACAAGGUCAAUCGCAUGAGGAUUUAUCAGCUGCAUAAGGAGAUCAACUCAAUUAGUCAGGGACCAAGUACUCUAGAUGAGUAUUUUACGAGGCGGAAGGAAUUAUGGUCUGAAUUUGAUGUAAUGGUCCCUUCCCCUGAUUGUGGUUGUGCUAGAGGCAAAGAAUAUGUCGAACACCUUCAACAACAACGUCUACUACAGUUUGUAGGAGGUUUGAAUGAUUCCUACGAUCAAGCUAGACGACAAAUUCUUAUGAAAACUUCUGAACCCACUCUAAAUCAAGCUUAUGCUUUGAUUAUUGAGGAUGAAUGCCAAAAGGGAUUUAGCCUGAACAUUGUGCCUCAUUCAAUUGUUGGAGGUAAUGAUAUCACAACUUUAUGGAGUGCACGAGGGCAAUCAUAA